GCUUGCCAUACGCACUGUUCAGCCACCCGCUCCAAAGAAACGCAUGAAGAAGUCACAUAUCAAACCUUACGUGCGGUCUACAGCUGACCAUGGCCUGCGUGCCGCACUACGUGACUGGAGGGACACUGUUGCUGUAGAGCAAUUCGGCCGUGCUGUUGUGAAGGAUUUCGGCGCAGAUAUAUUCAUGCCCACAGACACCAUAUCACGAAUAGUCAAUUGUGCGCACGCCGGGAAACUCCAUUGCCUUGCUGACCUAAAGAAAGAAAUCAGUUGGUCGAAUUCUUGGCUUGAUGAACAUGGGGAAACAAUCAUUGAUAAGAUCCACGCCUGGUUCCCCCCGCCCAUGUCAAACAAGGUGUGUCCAAUCCCCUCGCCAAUACCACACCUAGCGCAUCCACCCCUGGUGCCCCAGGGCAACGCCCGCGAAAGCUGCCUCGGUGCGGCAGCUGUAAAGCAGUAGGGCACACCAUUCCCAGUGCCCAAAUCGCAAGGCAGCUGCCGCAAGUGCUCAGCCAAGACGAGAGGAGGCUCAGAACGAGAAUCGUCCAGCUGGCGAAGCAAAUUGGAGCAUAACUGGGCCGGAACACUAUCAAUAGACUACGCAUCCUCGACUUCUAUAUCACCAUCCUCGCGAUCCGCCUCCAGCUCAACAUCCAGCCACUCGUCCGCUUCGGUAUCAGUUUCAGCGCCCUUCAUCUGCAUCAUCUGCAUAAUCCCCUUCCUCAUAGCAUCGGGUAUGAUAUAAUGUGCCUUUCGCCCUGGUAUAUAUUUGUGAAUGUCAUUUUUGGUCAUGUACUUCAAUAGUUUCUCGAACGUCUUCU